AUGGCAACCAACAUUUACAACCUUGAUAACGAGAUAAUCAAUAAAGCAAAAGAUGAUUAUCGAUGUCAUCUUAGAGACAAUGAUGAUAAAGCAACAACGAUCUUCAACAAAACAAACGAAUUUUUCAAGAAGGAAUCACCACAACUUAGGAAAUUCCUCGAAAAUGGCGGCUAUCUUCAAGCCGUAACACAAACAAAGAAUUCAAAAUCUGAAGAGAAUAUAAAUGACAAUCCCUAUGGUCUUGAUAAAGUGACGCUAGGAGAAGCAAAAAAUGAGUACCAAAGUUAUAUUAGAGAUCAUGAUGCAGAAAUUAAUUCUCUUUCGGGCAUAGCGAAAACGAAGGCAAUCUACAAGAAGAUGAACGCAUUUUUCAAGAAUGAAACUCCAGAACUAAAAGAAUUUCUCGAAAGAACAGGCUUCAUUCAACCAACACCACCACAGCCUUCCCCAAUUUCAAUGAUAUCAAUUCCAAAAGCUGAUUUCCAGAAGAUAAUUAAUGUAGCCCAGGAUCUAACUAAUAAAAUAGAUUUCCUUGAAAAGAUUGUCAAAAACAUUCUGAAUCAAGCAAUUUGA